CUCACCUCAAUGUUGUUCGCUACAUUUCUGACCAUCUCGGCACUGGCCUGGCAGGCCCACGCGCAGACCAACAUCACAGCCGACGUGUGCGCAGACCCGACGGCGUAUACCACCUGCAACGGCGAUGUGGCUACCCAGGCAGCGACAUGUAUUGAUGCCUGCGAUGACUAUGAUAUCUGUGUUCUCGCCUGUGGAUGUGUGAUGUACCAGGAAUACAUCAACUGCAUGGCGUCAACGUGUUGGAAUCAGGUGUAUACAUGCGAAUAUCAGAAAUUUAUCACAGAAUACUUUGAUUAUUGCGACUUGGCUACGGUCCCCAUCCCCUUCUGGCCGGCCCCGAACGACGCCCCCAACCGCUGCUCCUGCAACCUAGGACUCAUCUACGAGACUGCCUUGGGAUUCGUCGCCGAGGAAACCGACUGCCUCAGCAAUGCCACUUCGCUGGACUUGACGGACCCCGAGAAGGCAUCAGAGGAGGAUCUGGCCUGUAACUGCUGCGCCGUCAGUGGAGGAUUAUCAGCGAUCUAUGAAAUCUGCCCCGAUACGAUCCCCGCUCUCGCCGGCGCAAACGAAUGGCUCAGCAUCGCCACGGGAUACGGCUACGCCACCGACUGGUCCUCCUGCGGCACCUCGAUGGACGAAUUCAACUGCAUGGCCGAUCUGGGCUUCAAGGCGCCGUCCGAGAAUUCCACCACCUUCUACCAACCGGGCGAUUUCCCUGCCAACGGCACCCACUCGCUGUCUAACGUCGGGGGAGCGGUGACGGCGCCUCCGAGCGGGAGUGUCAUGUCCUGGCAUCAGAGCACCGUCAGCUAUACCGUGACCGCGUCGGCGUAUAAUAACAAG